GACAGGCAGGGUUCAGCAACAGGACUUCCAACAGCAGAAGGAUUAGGCAAAAAUAUGUAGUCAAAAACAGACAGGAUCAGAAAACUCUUUGUCUCAUGAGACAAGGCUUGAAAGCUGUGACAGUGGCAACAGACGAUCUCGCACUGAGCUGGUGACGAGCAGCUGUUUAAGUAGGGAGCAGCUCAGAGCAGGUGAGGGAAAUGAGUAAUCAGCCCAGCCAAGGCAGAGCUGAAGGGCUGAAAUCAUGACAUAAUGCAAACCAGUUGUUCUCAAGACAGAGACAAACAUACAUAGUGACCAGAUAUGACUGGUUCAUUUCACCAUAGCAACACUGUAUAAGGAAUCGACCAAACAAUAGUGCAUUUGUUCUGACUACAACAUAUGUAUAAAGCCGGUACUUCCAACCACAUUCAGAACUGAAAAGCUUUUUGGAGCAAUCGCAUGAGUCUCACACACACCAGUCCUGCCAGGUUAGUGCACCAGGUGCAUAAUCUGAAAGAGCACAACGCCCGUGAUCCUUCAGCUCGGAGCUGACUGGGAAGUUGCCGCGUUCUUUCCCUCUGGAGGUCGGGGAGAAACCCCCACUGGUGCAGCGCAGAGCUGGCCUGGCGCCGAGCACCAAGGCAGAGGAUGACUCCGGCCAAAGAAAGCAGAUGAAGGCGAUCUUCACCGGCGCUCUAUGCAGACACUCUGAGUCAGACAGAAAUUGCCUAAACAGCAAGAGGACAGUCCACAGGGGGUGUCAUACAGAGGACACUGUGAUGUCAGAAAGUACCAGCUCCAUGUCGGAUUCAACAUCACACGACAACGACUCUUCACCCAGCGUUGCUGCUGACCAGCGCUCCCUGUCUCAGCCCCGGCUCACCGUGGGAAGCCCCGACCACAGAAUCAGCAGGAAACUCUCUCCUGUUGAGAUUUACUAUGAAAUGAGGACACGUCGCAACUCGGUCACAAGCUCUGUGAGCCCAACUCACUCUUUACCCAGAAGUGCUUCUAAUGUUGAAGGUAGAAGUGUUCCAGCAACUCCGUUGUUGGCCCGAACUGCUCCAAUCAGCGUUCACAUCAGGUCUGACGCAUCGGGUAGUAAUGGAUUGAAGCAGUGGUCUGGCAGCCUGGAUGUGCCGUACAUGAUUCCCCUGGCUCAGGAGGGCUCAUCUUCUGAUCGCAGGACCUGCCCUUACAGCUCCAGAGCACGGCGCAGCAACAGCUCUGAGGCCCUCCUGGAUCGCUCCAGCCUGCCAGACGAGCCUGGACCCAGAAACGGCAUGCCUCAGCGGGGAGGACCGUACAAAAGCUCCGAGACCCUGACCGACGGCAAACUGCAGCAGAUUCAGCUCGGCAGCCCAGAGAGCCAAGGCGACGGCUCCGUGGAGCAGAGUAAAAUGCGUCUGUCAGUGGGCGGCAGAGGGGCCAGCGGAGGCUACAACGAACUACUGAUGGACUACAUCUGGGGAAAGCAGCAGAGGAUGCAGGUGCAGCACCAGUUGUACCAGUCCACAGGCAGAAUUUGGCAAGACAUGUCCUCUCCUCGUUCCUCUACUGCUGCAGUGCCUCCACAUGCCAAUGGCUUCUCCCAUUCCCAGGUGAACCUUCCCAGUGCUGCAAGUCCUUACAGCCCCAUGGUCCUCAGAGGGUCCCAGGCGGAGCUUCGUAGGGUCAAGGUCACCAGGACCAAAUCUUGUGGGCCUUUCAUUCCUUUGCAGCAACAUUCACAAGACGGUAUUUUGCUCUCUGCGUACGAGUCUUCUCUUCCUGCCACUGGCACCACCACAUCCUCCAUCCCCAACCUACUCCCAUAUCAGACUGAGCUGACUGGGCCCUCCUUUGGCCGUAGGCCCCCGCAGUUUUCUCUCCCCACUCCAGAAGAUUCGACCAGAAGCCUACAUAAAGCUCUCGCCCUGGAGGGACUGAGGGACUGGUACUUGAGGAACGCCUUCGGCUACCCUCCUUCUGCCUCUAAGGGCCAGGAAGCGGGCAUCUCUCGGCUCUCGCAUCCCCAUCCUCUGGUGCACCAUCCCCAGUCCCUUCAAGGGGAAACGGCCAACCUCCAAAGGCCUCAAAUACCCCAGUCAGCAAGCUUCCAUGGUCACCCCCUGCAUGGACGGUCAAUGGAGUUUUCUCUCUACCAGGAAACUCCAGAUCCACAAAAGCAAGAGUCGACCCCAAAAGAGCAGAGUGCGGACCCAGACUCAGAUGAGUGCUGGGUAAUAAAUGAAGCCUUCUCUGUUAAGACCUCAACAGACGAGUUAAAACCAGCUGCAGGUAAACGCGUAGGGCUGGAGUGAGACCUGCUGUAUGGUUGUAGCACAUGACUGUAGGACAACGAAUGAAACUACAUUCAGCUGGAUUUGAGUGUCAUACAGAGCACUUUAUAAACAUCUGAAGCCUUAAUUCCCUAUUAAGUAGUCGCCAGGAGACGGGCAGCAGUGAGGUUUUGCUAUGAGGCAAAGCUAAAGAGGCUUUUCAACGUCUGCUGUAGGUGUGGGUGUCGGUGUGUAGAUGGUGACGAUGGUGCUGAGGAGUUUCACACUGGCAUUUUAUUCCCAACUAAUCUCAUAACAGUAUAGUAUAAAAUAACCUCACCUCAACCUUUCACCCCCAAGUCAGCAUUGUUGGUGGUUUGUGGUAGCGGAGCUGCUGCAGCGUUCGGCGAAGGUGUGAGCAGGUCUCGCACUGUUGCAUCCUGUAAAAUAAAAUGAAAACUGGUCUGUAUUUGUAGGGACUGUAAAUCAUGUGCUGGGGUUUUUUGUUGUUGUUUAACAGAAAACCUCAUUUUACAUUUUUCUACCAUAUGUUGCAUCAUAAUUCAUUUUCUAAUCAGACUCUGUAGCAUUUAGAAAAGCCAUGAGGCAUAAAAACCUGAAAUACUGUUUGGUGAAACAUAACUUUUUUCUCUCUUUUUUUUUUUAUUGUAUUUGUUGUCGGUUUUUAUACGUGAAGCAUUGCCGUUGUAGAACUAAUUUGAAUGUGAUUAUUUAAGUGUGUGACUCUAUAUUUUUUCACUGUAUCACGCUGUGGAGUGCCAUGUUUUCUGACGCGUUUCAGUUUCCAGCUUCACAAAUCUCCUUCCCAGCUCAUUAAAAACCUGAAAUCAAAGACCAAACUGCUGUGCACUGGGGGUCAGAAAGGUAUUUUUCAUAUUAUGUACUCUGUAAAUACAAAAUAAAUGCUAUGAAUUUAGCUCUAAAGCAAAAUGUAUUCAAACUAUAUUAUAUUUAUGAACCUAUAACAUUUUGUAGCCAUCUACUGUAGCUCUUGGUGCAGGAAUUGCCAGUGUGUGUUUAAACCAUUUUAUCUAGCAGUGUGAUGCGUUGAUAUAUAAUUUGACUUUUUUUUUUCAAAAUAUAUAAAUGCAGCUGUUUUAUCUUUCCCUCGUCUCCUUCUAAUCAGGCCUAUGACAUUUGACUUAACAGACCUGCUCUCUGCUGUACGUUUGAGAUUUUGCAUUUGUUCUACUAAAUAAAGUGUCAUGUUGAAAUUA